UUUUCUAACCUAUAAAAAUAAAAUGACAAGAGUAAUUUAGAUUAUUAAAGAUUAUUUGUUCAUCAAAGAAAGUAUACUAAUCAAAAUUAAUAUGUCUGAAUUAGAAUCACUUGAGCCCUCUCUUAAAAAUGUUAUUGAACAGAAUAGCUUAAAAUGGAUUUUUGUAGGUGGAAAAGGCGGUGUUGGAAAAACGACAUGCAGCUGCAGUUUAGCAGUGCAGCUUUCGAAGGUACGUGAAACCGUUUUGAUUAUUUCUACUGAUCCAGCUCAUAACAUAUCUGAUGCUUUUGAGCAAAAGUUCUCUAAAGUACCAACGUUGGUCAAAGGCUUUACAAAUUUAUAUGCAAUGGAGAUUGAUCCCAACGUAGGUGUUAAUGAAUUGCCUGAAGAGUAUUUUGAUGGAGAACCAGAUGCCAUGAAAAUGAGCAAAGGUAUAUUACAAGAACUUAUAAAUGCCUUUCCUGGUAGUGAUGAGACAAUGUCAUACGCUGAAGUGAUGAAGCUUAUAAAAAGUAUGAAUUUUUCGGUAGUUGUUUUUGACACAGCUCCAACAGGCCACACUUUAAGACUAUUGUCUUUUCCCCAGGUAGUUGAGAAAGGUUUAGGAAAACUAUUAAAAAUUAAACAAAAAAUAGCCCCUAUGAUAAAUCAGUUCAGUGGUCUUUUGGGACUACAGGACUUAAACCCUGAACAUUUCUCUUCGAAAAUGGACGAACUACUUUCAGUGGUUAAGCAAGUAAAUGAACAGUUUAAAAAUCCUGAUCAAACCACAUUUGUUUGUGUAUGCAUUGCCGAAUUCUUAUCCCUAUAUGAAACAGAACGUUUAGUACAAGAACUGACAAAAUGCAAAAUAGACACACAUAAUAUAAUUGUCAAUCAACUUAUAUUUAAAAAGAAAGGCGAAGAUGGGUGUCGAAUGUGCAAUGCACGAUUUAAAAUUCAGGCUAAAUACCUCGAUCAGAUUGAAGACCUGUAUGAAGAUUUUCAUGUAACCAGAUUACCAUUGUUGGAAAACGAAGUGAGAGGGAUAGAGAAAAUAAAAGCUUUUUCAGAGUAUUUAAUUAAACCAUACACUGUAUAGAGAUAAUGUUGCAUUUAAGUUUUGAAAUCUCUGUUUUAAUGUACAACUAACCUUAUAAAUUUUGAAAUUUAUAUUAAUUUGUUUACAAGAUGUAUAUAUGGGUAUUGUUUUAAUAGAUUUUCUAUCAAAACUAA